UGAUUCGGGCGGGCGUAACUGCGAACUUUUGUUUGGUGUGUUGUGUGAGUUAGUUUCCGCCGCCGGGACAGAGGCGCCGGCCGGGCUGGGCCGGGCUCGGGGAAACGCCGCACGGCCAGAGUUGUUUUGCCAGUUGCCGCGGGCGGGUCGGCUUCCCGACCGAGGGGUGAGAAGCACCGGCGACAGCAGGACGAGCCCGCGGCCCGGGGAGCGGGGCAUGCGGGACUGGGAAUCCGGGCUCUGAGCCGCCGAGCCCCGCCAGGGAAGCGCCGGGGGGUCCCGACGGAGCCAUGGAUCCUGGGCAGCCUCAAACGCAGCAGCCGCCGCAGGCAGCGCAGCCCCCGGCCUCGCAGCAGCAGCAGCCGCCGCCGCAGCCCCCUGGCCCGGUGUCGGGGGCCCCGGCCGGCGCGGCGCAGCCCCCGGGUGCGGGGCCCCCUCCGGCGGGGCACCAGAUCGUCCAUGUGCGGGGCGACUCGGAGACCGACUUGGAGGCGCUGUUCAACGCGGUGAUGAACCCCAAGGGCGCCAACGUGCCACACACGCUGCCCAUGCGACUGCGGAAACUGCCCGACUCCUUCUUCAAGCCGCCCGAGCCCAAGGCCCACUCCCGCCAGGCCAGCACUGAUGCCGGGACAGCAGGAGCCCUGACCCCACAGCAUGUCCGAGCUCAUUCCUCUCCAGCAUCACUGCAGCUGGGAGCUGUUUCUCCAGGGACACUUACACCCUCUGGAGUAGUGACUGGACCUGGAGCUCCAUCUUCUCAACACCUCCGCCAGUCUUCUUUUGAGAUCCCUGAUGACGUACCUUUGCCACCAGGUUGGGAGAUGGCUAAGACACCAUCUGGACAGAGAUACUUUCUUAAUCACAUUGAUCAAACAACAACAUGGCAAGAUCCUAGGAAGGCCAUGCUUUCCCAGAUGAAUGUUACAGCUCCCACCAGUCCUUCUGUGCAGCAGAACAUCAUGAACUCAGCAUCAGGCCCACUCCCCGAUGGAUGGGAACAAGCUAUGACCCAGGAUGGAGAAAUUUACUACAUAAACCAUAAGAACAAGACCACAUCUUGGCUAGACCCAAGGCUUGACCCACGCUUUGCCAUGAAUCAGCGAAUCAGCCAAAGUGCUCCAGUCAAACAGCCACCUCCUCUGGCUCCUCAGAGUCCCCAGGGUGGUGUGAUGGGAGGGAGUAGCUCCAAUCAGCAGCAACAGAUGAGACUUCAGCAGCUACAGAUGGAGAAAGAAAGGCUGAGACUGAAGCAUCAAGAACUGCUUCGGCAGGUGAGGCCACAGGCAUUGCGGAAUAUCAAUCCCAGCACAGCAAAUUCUCCAAAACAUCAGGAAUUGGCUCUCCGUAGCCAGCUUCCAACAAUGGAACAAGACGGUGGAUCUCAAAACCCCGUGUCAUCUCCUGGAAUGUCUCAGGAACUGAGAACAAUGACUACAAAUAGUUCUGAUCCCUUUCUUAACAGUGGAACAUAUCACUCCAGAGAUGAAAGCACAGAUAGUGGACUUAGCAUGAGCAGUUACAGUGUACCCAGAACCCCAGAUGACUUCCUGAACAGUGUUGAUGAGAUGGAUACAGGUGACAGUAUCAGCCAAAGUAACAUACCAUCCCAUCAGAACCGUUUCCCAGACUACCUUGAAGCCAUUCCAGGGACAAAUGUGGACCUUGGGACACUGGAAGGAGAUGGAAUGAAUAUAGAAGGAGAAGAACUGAUGCCAAGUCUGCAAGAGGCUUUGAGCUCUGACAUCCUUAAUGACAUGGAAUCUGUCUUGGCAGCCACCAAGCUAGAUAAAGAGAGUUUUCUUACUUGGUUAUAGGGGCCUCAGGGAGACUGAAUUCUAAAUCUGUGAAGGAUCUAAGGAGAUUAGGACAUCUGUAUCUGAAGUUCAGAACAAGCCAGUGUGGUGCACUUUGGCUUGUGUUCAGAAAAAGUAAAUGAACAAAUACUCAACAAGUUUGUUUGGGUUUGCUCUUCCUUGUCCAUCGCUGCUGUUAUAUAUUGCUGACUUUUUUUCACAGUUGACUCUGAAGAACAGACAUCUUCUUGAUCUUUUUCUAUUGCUGUUGCAACUACUGUUGGAGGGGGGUGGGGAGGGAUGAUGAGCCUAUUUUGGUUGACGAAUGCCAUUCCUUUUGUCCUAGUGUGCGCUUGCGUAUCAUUUUAUCUAAGUACUCAGAUUUGAGAGUUAAUUUCUGCAUGUCACUGCUUGUAGUUUGCUCAGCUAGUUGUCUCCUGCUGCCUGUGGCAAGUGGUAAAACAUGACAUACUGGGGUGACAAGCCAAAAAUGACGUAUCUGGUCAAAAGAAGUCAAUACUGAUUUGGAGAUACGACGUAGAGGAGGGCUGAAGACUGUUUGGCAUUAAGUGUUUCUACUAGUAGCUCUUGCAUUAGCCACAAAGUGCUCUUGUUUGUAUUUUAUGUUAUAGUAAAUCAUGAGUCAUUUUACAUAGAAACAUAUAUGAACUUUGAUUGUUGCCACAUACUCUAGCCUAACUUCCAUUUUUCAAAAUUACUUUGAUUAUUUUUGUUAGUUGGUUUAACUGUAGCUGUAGGAUGGGAAGUAAUUAUAGAUGUUCUGGGGUUUUUUUUAAUAGUGAAAUCUAAGGGUUUUUUUCUGAUUUCACACAGUCUUAUUUAAAUCUAAAUUGUCUGCUUUUUUUAUACUUAAACCAUGCUAUUGUAGCCUGAUAAGCUAGUGAGUACAUAAACCAGUAUGUUUUGCCUCUAACUUUUUUAUUUUUUUAAAGGCUAGCUUUGAAUGUAAUCAUUAGAUUUCAUGACCAGUGGCUUAUUUUUCAUGUGUAUUUGCGAGACUUUGAAUUAGAAUCUGAUUACAGCAAUGUAAAAGAGUCCUUUGUCAUGUGUACAAAUUUUAAAUGCAUCUUAAAGUAGCAGAACCAUUUUAAAAUUACAUCUAAUCUCCCUUCUGGUUUUCAGUUUUGAUCUCUAAGUGAGUACAGAUUUUAAAAUCCUUAAUGGGAAAAAAAUUUAUGAAAAGUUUCUCUUAAGUCAACACACACAAAAAUUCUGAAUUAUUAGUAUCACUGUAUGUUGCAAUGAAAAGGCUAGAACACCAAAAAACUUCUCAAUAAAAACUUCUAAGUGUAAUAGUUACCAAGUUCUGUUUGGUGAAAAAUAAGCCCUGGACACUAUAUGUAGAAGAAUGUAAAGUUAUGUGUUAGAUGGUGACAUGAGCAGGUAAUGAAGUGUAUAUUAGUAGUAGAGCUUAGCAUGGGGUAGAGGUGAAUAUGAAUCAUUUUUAUUUUAACAGGAAAAGAUGUAUCACUAAGUUGUCUGCAGGAGUUGACAAAAGUUUCCAAAGAGUAUUUUUAAAUGAACAAAAUGAGCGUGAAUCAAACUUUCAAUAUAAGCUAUGAAUUUUUGUGGGGCUUUUGGGUUUUUUUUCUGAUGAAAAAUAGUGUCACCAGUUAACACCUCUAUAAUUAAGGGCCUGUCACCAUUUUCAACAGUGAGCCUUUAUUUCCAAGGGUGUGUAACAUGACUGUAAAGAUACCAUAAGUAUGAAACUUAGUUUUGAAAAAAAACUCUCAGUUAGCAGGGACUUCUCCUGAGGAGAGAUUUUUUGGGGUUUACUGUUUUGCAUUUUUUCAAGACACUGAUUUAAGCUAGGAACAAAUCAGCAAAACAACAAAAAACCCCCCAUCAUAUUACUAUUACCAUUUGGAUUUCUUUUAUGCUUCAGAAAUAAUUCUGGUUUAGGAUGAUGUAAAGAAUGAAAACUCUUAACCAAAUCCUGUUUUAAAAACUGAAGCAGCAGAGGCAGAGAUUUGAAAUUUGCAACUAUAAAUGUACAUUUACUACUUUACAUAAAUAUUUUAGUGUUUGAAAAACACAAAAUUUUAUGGCUUGUUCUGGGAUACAGGCAAAUUUUAAAAUAAUAAUUUUUAAAACAUAUUCACAAUUAUAUAUAUUCUGCUACACCAAUAAUUCAGCGAUUAAUAGGCCACUUAUAUCGUGCAAUGACACAGUAGCUCCUAAAGCAGUGUUAUUGUGUCCAAGAUAGGGAUUUUAGUAGCAUUUUUGUAAUUUCAUUAUGAAUUCCUCUCUUUCCCUCCCUUCAGGAAAAGAAAAAGACACUAAGUUUUCCUAACUUGAACAAUCUGACAUAAAACCACAACAGCAAGGAAAUUCAGAGUAGAUUCUGUUUCAGCUGUCUUCCACAGUUGUAUCCAGGUAUCAUAGCACAUAGAGAAUCACAGAAUAAACUGAGUUGGAAGGGACCCAUCAGGAUCAUCAAUUCCAACUCCUGGCCCUGCACAGGAAACCCCAAGCUUCACACCAUGUGCCUGAGAGCAUUGUCCAAACACUUGAACU